UGAUUCCCUACCUCACCUUCUCUAAUAGUGCAAUUGAUAUUUUAGUUUUGUUGACCCACACCACAACUUCAUAUGGGAGAGAAUUUGGUACAUCCCAGAGGUGUGGCCCCUGGGAGCACAAGGCUAAAGACAGUAAUCGCCAUGGAAAUGGAGAUCGAUUCUACUCUGCAACCAGAACGCCAAUUCAAAGCCGAAGAUCUCUUCAAGGCAGCCGAAACCGGCGAUUCAUCUACGUUUCAAGCACUUUCCAAGGAGCAGCUUUCGAAAUCUUUUUCGCUGCGGAACGAGGACGGCAGGUCCCUCCUCCACAUCGCAGCCUCUUCAAGUCAAGUCGAGGUGGUGAAGAUACUAUCAGCUGUUGAUGAAGCCGCGAGUGUGGUAAACAGUGCUGAUGAAGAAGGCUGGGCACCACUACAUUCUGCAGCUAGCAUUGGAAAUUCAGAAAUUGUGGACAUUUUGCUAAGUAUAGGAGCUGACAUUAAUUUAAAGAAUGAUGGCGGUCGUACUGCUCUUCACUAUGCUGCCAGCAAAGGAUGGCUAAAGAUUGCUGAAAUUCUGAUCUCUCAUAGGGCAAAGAUCAAUCUGAAGGACAAGGUGGGUUGCACCCCAUUGCAUAGGGCAGCAAGCACUGGGAACUCAGAGUUGUGUGAACUUCUUAUUGAAGAAGGAGCAGACAUAGAUGCUGUUGACAGAUCUGGUCAGACUCCUCUUAUGAAUGCGGUGAUUUGUGACAACAAAGAGGUAUCUCUUCUUCUAGUAAGGCAUGGAGCAGAUGUAGAUGUGGAAGACAAGGAAGGAUACACAGUACUUGGCAGAGCUUCUGUGGAUUUUAGACCAAUAUUGAUAGAUGCUGCUAAAGCCAUGCAUGAAGGCUGACACUAGGAAGUGCUUGAAUUUGAUGAUCCUAGGCACUCAAAGAUCUUUUGAUGAAGAAUUAUAGCGUGUAGAACUAGAAUUCCAUGUUUUACAUCCGGGAAAAAGGAAUUUUAUUUAAGGACCGUCAAAAGGGUGUUCAAAGUAUCAAUUUCAUAGGGGUUUUUUUUUUUUUUUUUUGAAAAGGAAUGGAAACUUUAUUAAUCAACUAGCUUUAGCCAUAACAAUAGGUAAAACAUCAGUAGGAGUAUUGUUCUCAUUUAAAAUACGAUUUGAAUAGAAACAAGAGUUGCGAG